CGGUGCGGUGUAUCGAGCAAGCGACGACGACACCAUCACCACCACCAGAGGAGAAACUACCUCACCAAACGCAAGCGUUCCGUUCGAAAAGUUUCCGGCUCGCCGCGACUUGCAGGAGCAGUUUUCCAGGCUCUCAAUCGGAUCCAAGAGACAACCAAAACUCCUGAUCGAGGAUCCUUUGUACUCAGGUACAAUCAUGACAAAGGGCCACGGCCUCAGACGCAGAGGAUUCUGAGUAUGUCUUGGAGUCCAUUGGAGUUGAGUGAAACAACCAAGGAGCUCCUCUCGAAGUCUGCCAUCGAAAAGCAUCUCGUUGUUCGCUUGGUCAAGCUUCCCCUGAUGCCUUCCGACGCCGAGUGCAUGGAUCCCGAGCUCGAGACUGGAGGGCCCGAUGAUGAGCCCCCCAGCAAGAAGCAGAAGAUCGUUCCAUACAAACUCAAGGAGAGCGAUAAGAAAAUGGUCUACGACAGCGGAACCGUCAUCUACACUGAGGAAUUCAAGAGGAGUGUCUGGGACUACCUGUGCAUUCAUUCCCUCGCCGACGGAGAAAAGCGCUAUCCCGAAAUCUCGCACUCGGUUCUGUACAAGUGGCGACGGAAGGCUUUAGAGGAACGAGGGGAAUUCGUUCCUCAACGACAUGUGGAGAGUAGGAAGAGUCUCCUGGCCGAUCUCAAGAAGGAAAGAGUCGAGGUCGACGAGAGGGAACGAAGGUAUUCCGAACCGCCGAAAGUGCCGAAACUGAAGAUAUCUCUGAAAAUGACGCAGCAACAGAAAGAAGAACCGAAAACGAAAGUUAUCCACGCUUUGACCGACGACCUGAGUGUGGAGAAGAAGGUCAAAGUUGUCACCUUCGCCCUCCAAAACUCUACUCAGAAAGCAGCUGAGCAUUAUAAUUUGAAACCGGGCGAGGUUCACAGCUAUAUGUCUCAGAACGUUAUCAGGCGCUUGGCCUUGGACAGAAUAAGGAAUCGAGUCACCAGAGGAUCCAAGGGCGAGACGAAAUCUCGCGAAGAGAUCCUCGAGAUCAUCAACCUCGCAAGGAAAACUAACGUUGAACGAGCUGCCCGUCAGUACAGCGUCAUGGAGGGCCAAGUAUUGAAGUGGCUUCGGAUGGGCGCUCCGUCGAGACCCGCGAUCCAGUGUGAAAACGGUUCGACCGACGGAAAUACGCGCAACGAUUUUGGAAUCGACUUCCAAAUGAAGGUCCUUGACCUGGCCAGGAAACAGAGCUUAUCACGAGCUUGUAAAGUGUUUCAGGUACAGCCAAGUAUCGUCCAGGAAUGGAUGAAGAAAUUCUUCCCUGAGGAAGAGGUCCACAAGGUCGUGAGCUACGAUGAAGAUGACCAAAGCCGUGUGAUUCCGCGAGAAGUUAAGGCCGCGCCCGUCGAUGCCGAUGAGCUCGAGCAGCUCCUCUAUAAACAUUUGCAAGAGCCCUCAUCUCGUAUUCGAGCACUCGAUACAGGAGAAAUGGGAAUGGAUACAAUUGUCUCUAUUCUCAAAGUGGCUCUUACGGCUGGCAGUAAGGUCGCUUCGAUUCAGUUUAAUAUUCCGCGCACCACGAUCGCAACUUGGAUCACAAGGAACUCUCUAGAGGACCUCGUGAAAGGUUGCGUGAGGAGCAGUGUGACGGCGCGACGCAGCGACCCCACUCCGGCCCAGAAACAAACGCCCACCCUCCCAAUGACGAACGGGAACACCUCACCGAUCACGGAACGAAGCGCGCGAGCUUUUCAACGCAAUCUUUCCUUAGAGAAGAGUCGAACUCCCAGUCCGACACCCGUGAUGACGAAUGGCGACGCCUUGGAAAUGGACGAAUUGCUCAUGGACGCCAAUAAUAACGAUAGUACAGUGACAUCGAAAGAGGAGCCGAGCAAUGCGAAGGUCGAGGAGCAAAUCAACGGGACUGUGAGUUGCAAGAAGCAAUUCAACGGAGAUUCCGACGACAAUUCAGCGUAUGUCAAGCUUUCUGUCGAUCAGAUUGAAACAGCGAAAGAAAUCGGAAUAUCCAUGAGGUGUCUUUCUCGCUGGCUGGAAUGCCGCAAACAUUUUGUAAAGCUCCGAAAAAAUAGACUUGCCGGUGCCAAGGGGGAUAGCCUGAAAGAGAUUCUCAUGUUCAGAUUGGAAGCUGUAGAUUACGCUCAGAAGGAGGGACGGGUUUUCGCAGCCAGCGUUUUCAGAGUUACCCUCGGUGAGCUCAAUGAGUGGACCAACCGGCGCGACUCGUACAUGAGAGCACUUUUGGGAGGAUCCUCCGAGUCUCUGGCUCUUGUUGCACUGGAUAAAGUUUCGGACCUUCUUUACGAAAACGAAGGCAUUGCCCGAGCUCAGGCCAUCGCGGAACGUUUGGGUCUGGACCUUAAAUUAGCUAAUCAGUUCAUCCAGCAACUCUACGCCUCCAUCUAG